GCGGAGCGCAGGGGCCGGCGGCAGCGGCGGAGCGGCGGCGGGAAGGGUUGUUCCAGGGCUCGGCGGCGGCGGGGACGAUGCCGGUCCAUUCCCGGGAGAAGAAGGAGAACAACCACGAUGAGAUGGAGGUGGACUACGGGGAGAACGAGGGCAGCAGCUCAGAGGAGGAGGAGACCGAGAGCUCGUCCGUGUCCGAGGAGGGGGACAGCUCAGAAAUGGAUGAUGAGGACUGUGAAAGAAGAAGAAUGGAGUGUUUAGAUGAAAUGUCCAAUCUUGAAAAGCAAUUUACAGACCUUAAAGAUCAACUUUACAAAGAAAGAUUAAGCCAAGUGGAUGCAAAACUACAAGAGGUCAUAGCUGGAAAAGCACCUGAAUAUUUAGAACCAUUGGCAGCUUUACAAGAAAAUAUGCAAAUCCGAACCAAGGUGGCAGGUAUCUAUAGAGAGCUUUGUCUGGAAUCUGUGAAGAACAAGUAUGAAUGUGAAAUUCAAGCCUCUCGACAGCACUGUGAGAGUGAAAAGCUUCUGUUGUAUGAUACUGUACAAAGUGAACUAGAAGAGAAGAUUAGAAGACUUGAAGAAGACAGACAUAGCAUUGACAUUACCUCAGAAUUAUGGAAUGAUGAGCUACAGUCCAGGAAGAAAAGGAAGGAUCCAUUUAGUCCAGAUAAGAAGAAACCUGUUGUUGUAUCAGGCCCCUAUAUAGUUUAUAUGUUACAAGACCUUGAUAUACUUGAAGACUGGACAACAAUAAGGAAGGCAAUGGCUACACUGGGGCCACACAGAGUAAAGCCAGAACCACCUGUCAAAAUAGAAAAGCAUCUACAUAGUGCUAGAUCUGAAGAAGGAAGACUCUAUUAUGAUGGAGAGUGGUAUGGACGUGGACAGACGAUAUGCAUUGAUAAGAAAGAUGAAUGUCCUACAAGUGCCAUAAUUACAACAAUCAACCAUGAUGAAGUUUGGUUUAAAAGACCGGAUGGAAGCAAGUCCAAGCUGUAUAUUUCUCAGCUACAGAAAGGAAAAUAUUCAAUAAAGCAUAACCACAACUGACUGUUGCUAACCAGAUAUGAAAGAAGUGGUAUUGCCAUGCUUGAUGUGCCAUGGGGUGAAAGUUGUAUUUAAUAGUGUUUUGUAUUCCUUAUAAAUUUACAGCAGUAUCUGAUGUGUAUUUGUAGUGCUGUAUGUAAACGUCAUAUGGAUGGCCUUCAGAAACCUGAGGAUGUUAAAUCAAGUUGACAGACAUUUUACCUCUAAAUUGGGUCCAGUGCCUAAGAUAUGAAGUAUGCUCUUCAAGUAUAAUGGCUCAGAACUUCUCGUAUUUGUAAAUUGGGGGGGGGGGGGGGGGGAAUAUUUUUUUUCCGUCGGUGACAAGUUGGUGUGAUAAAAAUGAUAACCAUAGUUACCAGCAACUCACUUCAUUUUCAGUGAGCAUGUCAUGCUUCUUUUGUGGAUGUAAAUUUAGUCUGUUCAGCUGUUGCUUUUGAAUAAAUUGUAACAUGCAUAAGCAUUCUUUUAUCCAAAGUGGACCGAUUUAUUAAAAUUAUUGCCCUUGACAGCUCUGCUACUACUGACUGUGUUAUAUUUUGUAAGGUUUAUUAUAUUGCUUGUAAUGAGACAAGGCCAAUAUUUUGAGCUAUGUUUUUUGAGGAGCACUUUUCUAGUUUAGGACCCUAUUCUAUAGUGAACAAAUUGUUGGUGAUUUUUUUUCUUGUUCCCCAGAUUGCCAGCAAAAUUUAUGCAUAAAGUAGAUUUUUCUUCUUCCCCCAGAUUGCCAUCAAAAUUUAUGCAUAAAGUAGACAGUGUUGCUCCAAACUGUGUUAUAUGUAGCCCACAAAGAAUGACUGCGGGGAUGGUUAUGUAAAUACUGUUGCAUGCUCCGCUUGUUUGGUCCACAGUUGUAUGAAAUACUAUGAACCUUUUUUUCAAAGAGAAAAUAUUUUCCCAGGAAUCAUAUAUCUGGGAAAAUUUACACUGACUUUUUCACCAAACACUAUUUUCCAAAUUUCUGUACCCUACUUCAUCUUCUUGUACACCAGAAUUAUUUCAUCCAGCUUAGACAGCUGAAUUUCUCUUAAAUCUUACUGUUUAAGCCACGGAGAAAAGUCCUAAAUCCUUGAUGUUACUGUGAUGUGCUUGGAAUAUCUAGAAUGAUAGAUGGGAUUGCUGAAGAAUUAUUAAUGCGUUGGUUAUGUGCACUUUAAUCUCUACUUACAAUGAUUCUUCUUGGAGAAAGAAAGCAUCCAUUUGCUUUAAAAGAUCACAGCAAAUAAGUAUUUUUAUUGUAACAUAUAAAUGUUUUAUUCCUGUAUUAAUUGUCUCUUCUAGUGCAGGGUGGUAACUACUUUCCAAAUGCCAAAUCAGUUUCUUCUGAGUGACGCUUUUCUACAAUUGUAUGACAUUAUUAAUCAAAUGUACAUAAAAGUAUCAGUUGACAUGUUGGCUUUUAACAAUAUGAACUGUAUGUAUACAGUUGUUUGAUAAACUUUUUGUAAUAAAAUAUUCGUAUUUUUUAACUUAGUAUAUAAAUAAAUGAUCUGUGGUAGUGGA